UCCUAUAUCUCUUGAAAACACACACCAUGACGUCCUUACUAAACAAACCAUUCUUCUCGUUCUUUCUACCCAUCCUGUUUUUUCUCCCUCACAUAGUCAACUUUUCUUCUUUCUUUGCUUUAGCUGAACACACUUCCUCCACAACUUCACUAUUUGGUAAAAAUACAGAAGCUGAGGCUCUUCUCGAAUGGAAAGUCAGUCUUGACAACCAAAGCCAAUCUCUCCUUUCUUCCUGGGUCGGCAUGAGCCCAUGCAUUAACUGGAUUGGAAUCACUUGUGACAAUUCUGGAAGCGUCACCAAUUUGAGCCUUGCAGACUUUGGCUUGAGAGGUACGCUUUAUGAUUUCAACUUCUCGUCCUUCCGUAAUCUUUUUGUUCUUGACCUUUCGAACAAUUCUCUUUCUGGAACCAUCCCACAUGAAAUUGGAAAGUUGACGUCUCUUUUCGUUAUUUCAUUGGCUCAAAAUAAUCUCACUGGCUUGAUCCCUUUCUCUGUUGGAAACUUGACAAACCUAUCCAUAUUCUAUCUUUGGGGUAACAAACUCUUUGGUUCUAUUCCUCAAGAAAUUGAGUUGCUAGAGUUUCUCAAUGAACUUGACUUGUCAAAUAAUGUUUUAACCGGUAGAAUCCCUUAUUCCAUUGGAAAAUUAAGAAAUUUAUCUUUCCUUGUUCUUUCUAGUAACCAACUCUCUGGUCCCAUCCCUUCUUCUAUUGGAAACUUGACAAGCCUAUCUAAGCUAUAUCUUUGGGGUAACAAACUAUCCGGUUCCAUUCCUCAAGAAAUUGGGUUGCUAGAGUCUCUCAAUGAACUUGACUUGUCAAGUAAUGUUUUAACCGGUAGAAUCACUUAUUCCAUUGGAAAAUUAAGAAAUUUAUCUUUCCUUGGUCUUUCUAAGAACCAACUCUCUGGUCCUAUCCCUUCUUCUAUUGGAAACUUGACCAUGCUCAUUGAAGUAUCACUAGAACAAAAUAAUAUCACUGGUUUGAUCCCUUUCUCUGUUGGAAACUUAACAAACCUAUCCAUACUCUAUCUUUGGGGUAACAAACUCUCUGGUUCCAUUCCUCAAGAAAUUGGGUUGCUAGAGUCUCUCAAUCAACUUGAUUUGUCAAUUAAUGUUUUAAUCGGUAAAAUCCCUUAUUCCAUUGGAAAAUUAAGAAAUUUAUCUUUCCUUAGUCUUUUUAGGAACCACCUCUCUGGUCCCAUCCCUUCUUCUAUUGGAAACUUGACAAACCUAUCUAAGCUCUAUCUUUUGGAUAACAAACUCUCUGGUUCCAUUCCUCAAGAAAUUGGAUUGCUGGAGUCUCUCAAUGAACUUGGCUUGUCAAGUAAUGUUUUAACCAGUAGAAUUCCUUAUUCCAUUGGAAAAUUAAGAAAUUUAUUUUUCCUUGUUCUUUCUAAUAACCAACUCUCUGGUCACAUCCCUUCUUCUAUUGGAAACUUGACAAGCUUAUCUAAGCUCUAUCUUGGGAGUAACAAACUCUCUGGUUCCAUUCCUCAAGAAAUUGGGUUGGUAGAGUCUCUCAAUGAACUUGACUUGUCAAGUAAUGUUUUAACCGGUGAAAUCUCUUAUUCCAUUGAAAAAUUAAAAAAUUUAUUUUUUCUUAGUGUUUCGGAGAACCAACUCUCUGGUCCCAUCCCUUCUUCUGUUGGUAACAUGACAAUGCUCACUUCACUUGUUCUAAGUCAAAAUAAUUUAUCUGGAUGUCUUCCUUCAGAAAUAGGACAACUUAAAUCGCUUGAGAACUUGAGAUUACUUGGGAACAAACUUCACGGCCCAUUGCCCUUAGAGAUGAACAAUCUCACCCAUUUGAAGGUUUUGUCUUUGGAUAUCAACGAAUUCACGGGUCAUUUGCCACAAGAGUUAUGCCAUGGAGGAGUAUUGGAAACCCUUACUGCUGCCUACAACUACUUCUCAGGUCCAAUCCCGAAAAGGUUGAAAAACUGUACUGGUUUACACCGAGUAAGACUUGAUUGGAAUCAAUUAACAGGAAAUAUAUCUGAGGUUUUUGGUGUCUAUCCACAUCUGGAUUAUAUUGAUUUGAGUUACAAUAAUUUUUAUGGUGAGCUUUCUUCAAAAUGGGGAGAUUGUCGUAGCAUGACAAGCCUUAAAAUCUCAAACAAUAAUGUUUCUGGUGAGAUACCACCAGAGCUUGGGAAGGCUACUCAACUACACUUGAUUGAUCUGUCAUCAAAUCAGUUAAAAGGAGCCAUCCCAAAAGAUUUAGGGGGUUUGAAUUUGUUGUACAAGCUUAUUCUUAACAACAACCAUCUUUCAGGUGCCAUUCCCUUAGAUAUUAAGAUGCUUUCCAAUCUUCAAAUCCUUAAUUUAGCAUCUAAUAAUCUGAGUGGAUUGAUUCCAAAACAACUUGGGGAAUGCUCAAAUUUAUUGUUGCUGAACCUCAGCGGUAAUAAAUUUAGAGAAAGCAUUCCAGGUGAGAUAGGCUUUCUACUUUCUCUUCAAGAUCUUGAUCUUAGCUGCAAUUUCCUGACUCGAGAGAUACCGAGGCAACUUGGGCAACUGCAAAAGUUGGAAACUCUAAAUGUCUCUCACAACAUGCUUUCUGGACGGAUUCCGAGCACUUUCAAAGACAUGUUAAGCUUAACAGCUGUGGAUAUAUCAUCCAAUAAGCUACAAGGCCCCAUUCCCGAUAUCAAAGCCUUCCACAACGCUUCAUUUGAGGCAUUAAGGGAUAAUAUGGGUAUAUGUGGCAACGCCAGUGGUCUAAAGCCGUGCAAUCUUCCAAAAAGCAGAACAACUGUUAAGAGAAAGAGCAACAAACUUGUGAUUUUGAUUGUACUCCCUCUUUUAGGAAGCUUGCUUUUAGUGUUUGUUGUGAUUGGAGCUUUAUUCAUAAUUCUCCGCCAAAGAGCUAGGAAGAGAAAAGCUGAGCCAGAAAAUGAACAAGAUCGAAACAUAUUCACGAUAUUGGGCCAUGAUGGGAAGAAGUUGUAUGAGAAUAUCGUUGAGGCUACAGAGGAAUUCAACUCCAACUACUGCAUUGGCGAAGGAGGAUAUGGAACUGUUUAUAAAGCAGUGAUGCCAACAGAACAGGUGGUUGCUGUGAAGAAACUUCACCGGUCACAAACAGAAAAGUUGUCCGAUUUUAAAGCUUUUGAAAAGGAAGUUCGCGUGUUGGCAAAUAUUCGACAUCGAAAUAUUGUGAAAAUGUAUGGAUUUUGCUCACAUGCAAAGCAUUCUUUUCUGGUUUAUGAGUUCGUUGAAAGAGGAAGCUUGAGAAAGAUUAUAACCAGUGAGGAACAAGCAAUUGAGCUGGAUUGGAUGAAAAGGCUAAUUGUUGUGAAAGGGAUGGCUGGGGCUUUAUCCUAUCUACACCAUUCUUGCUCUCCUCCGAUCAUUCAUCGAGACAUUACCAGCAAUAAUGUCCUUCUGGAUUUGGAAUAUGAGGCACAUGUCUCUGACUUUGGCACAGCUAGAAUGUUGAUGCCUGACUCAUCCAAUUGGACCUCAUUUGCAGGUACUUUUGGAUAUACUGCUCCAGAGCUAGCUUACACAAUGAAAGUGACUGAAAAAUGUGAUGUCUAUAGCUUCGGAGUGGUAACAAUGGAGGUGAUGACAGGAAGGCACCCAGGCGAUCUCAUUUCAGCACUCUUAUCACCAGGAUCUUCGUCAUCAUCGUCGAUGCCACCGAUUGCUCAACAUGCACUAUUGAAGGAUGUGUUAGACCAACGCAUCUCACUUCCUAAAAAAGGAGCAGCAGAGGGCGUUGUCCACGUGAUGAAAAUUGCACUUGCAUGCUUGCAUCCCAAUCCCCAAUCUCGGCCUACAAUGGAGAAAAUUUAUUUGGAUCUUACAGCUGAGUGGCCUCCACUGCCUAUGGCAUUUUGCACAAUAAGUUUGGGAGAUCUCUUCUCAUAG